AUGCUCAAGAACAUGAGCGAAUUUCGGCAGUCCAAUAUGCCGCCAGUGUUGGAGCUCAUAUCACUGGUCUCAGGAGGCGGCAAGACACACCUCCUCUACCAUCUCACAGCGAUUGCAAUCAUACCCAAGGCUCGAGGUGGGAGACAGUCCGCCGUGGUGAUCAUCGACACAGACGGUAGGUUCUCCGUUCCUCGUCUCGCAGAACAAGUCCAACUUCUCCUCGCCCAACACUCUGCCCAAAAUCCCGCCAAUGCUUCUCCAUCACCUCCCUCUGAUAUGGAAGAGACCAUCCACGCCGCGCUGCGACACGUCCACAUCUUCCAUCCGCAUUCCCUUGCCUCCACGACCGCCACGCUCCGUUCUCUCCCAACCUACCUCUUCAACCCUACAGCCCACCACUCCUUCGACCGCGCCGUCGCCUUCAUCGCUCUCGACUCCGCCUCAGCAUUCUACUGGCAAUACCGCUCGGAAGCCGACGACGCCGCACUGGUCCCGCCCUCGGGUAUCGCGGGCAGUAACAAAUCAGCACGAGCCUACACCGAUCUGCUGUCCGCUUUCAGGCACUCCUCCAAAGUCCUGAAUGCACCUUUAAUCCUCACGAAUCGACACCUCGGUGCCCUGAAAGAUCCCAACUCCAUGGGUCCUUCUUCUCGGUCCUUUCGUCCAUCGCUGCCUCCUCCCUGGCCGAAUGCGCCGACGUUGAGAUUGGUCGUACAUCGUGCUGCGGUGCGGAAAUUGCCUGUGCAGAUUAGUGUGGAGGAAGCGAAGAGGGAAAGCGAGACGAGACAACAGGUGGUGCGGGAAGGGAAGUUUGAGUGUUUUGUUGAUGAGUUCGGGGUGGAGGAGAGAGUGCUACAGAGGCUGAGGGUAGAUGGAGCGGGAUUUGACUUCAGGAUCACAGCAGAGGGAGUCGUUUUGCGGAGUGAAGUUGCGCGGGCGGAUGCAGACGCGGACUUGUCCCACGAGACAGAAGCUGCGAAAGACUGA